AUGUUCUAUCUUCUAUCUUCAUCAACUAUCUACUAUCUAUCUAUCUUGAAUAUUUUCAUAUCUAUCCUAUCUAUCUAUCUUCUAUCUAUCUAUCUUCACUCAGCCUACUAUCUAUCUAUCUUGAAGUCUUUUCAUAUCUAUCAAUUUAAAUAUGUUCAUAUCUAUCUCAAUAUCCUACUAUCUAUCUAUCUUGAUCUAUCUAUCAAUUUAAAUAUGUUCAUAUCUAUCUCAAUAUAUUCAAUCUAUCUAUCUAUCUUCAUCAGCCUACUAUCUAUCUAUCUUGAUCUAUCUAUCAAUUUAAAUAUGUUCAUAUCUAUCUCAAUAUGUUCAUAUCUAUCUAUCUAUCUUCACUCAGCCUACUAUCUAUCUAUCUUGAAGUCUUUUCAUAUCUAUCAAUUUAAAUAUGUUCAUAUCUAUCUCAAUAUGUUCAUAUCUAUCUAUCUAUCUUCACUCAGCCUACUAUCUAUCUAUCUUGAAGUCUUUUCAUAUCUAUCAAUUUAA